AGGCAUGAGCUCCCUCUCAAUUCCUUCAAAUUUUCUCAAAAGCUUCAUCAACUUUAAUGUUCAUAGAAAGAAAUAACCAAACAUGAAAUACAACAACCCAAUCACCGUUUUCCUCUUCCUCUCCCUAUCAUUCCUCCCUUCCAUGCAAAACAAACUCACUCCCGAUUACUACAAAAAAACCUGCCCCACCUUCCUCGACACCGUCCGAAGAAUCGUUAACGAAAAGCAGCAUAACACGCCCUCCACCGCCGCCGCCACCCUCCGCCUCCUCUUCCACGACUGCAUGGUCGGCGGCUGCGACGCCUCCAUCCUCGUCACCUCCAAUGCCUACAACAAGGCCGAGCGCGACCACACCGUCAACCUCCCCCUCUCCGGGGACGGCUUCGACGCCGUCUUGCGGGUCAAGAACGUCCUCGAGCUGGAAUGCCCCAACGUCGUCUCGUGCGCCGACAUCCUCGCUGCUUCCGCCGGCGAACUGGUGGCGAACUCCGGCGGCCCCACCUUGACUGUCCAAUUCGGGCGAAAAGACUCCCUGGAAUCCAAAAUCUCCAGCUCUGAAAACCAGUUCCCAUUACCGAACAUGACUAUGUCCCAAGUGAUCACCCUCUUCACCAAAAAAGGGUUCUCUGUGCAGGAAAUGGUGGCCCUGAUCGGUGCACACACCAUAGGGAUGUCCCACUGCGACCAGUUCGCCCACAGGCUCUUCGGCUUCAGCAAAACUUCGGAAACUGAUCCCGCCUAUAGUCCCGAGUACGCGGCGGGGCUGAGGAAGCUAUGUGAGAACUACACGAAGGACUCUAACAUGGCGGCUUACAACGACGUGAUAACUCCGGUUAAGUUCGACAACAUGUAUUUCAAGAACUUGCGGCGAGGGUUGGGGUUGCUGGCCACUGACUCCGCCCUCUUCACUGAUCCCCGGACGAAGCCCUUCGUUGAAACCUAUGCCGAUGAUGAAGGGAAGUUCUUUCAGGACUUCUCUCGCGCCAUCGAAAAGCUCAGCGCCUUGGACGUUAAAACUGGAAAGGAAGGAGAGGUGCGGAGCAGAUGUGAUUCUUUCAACUCGCUUAAUUGA